UGAUAUAUAGCGGCUUACUUGCAUUGCAUCUACAUCAAAUUAAAGUCAUACUCUUUUCAGAUACUAGAAAAACAACCAUGUCUCUGAAGGGGAAGCUGGAGACCGUCUUAGAACUGAAGGCAACUCCUGAGCAAUUCUUCAAUGUGUGGGCAAAACAAGCCCACCAAAUUCCUAAUCAUACUCCUUCCAAUAUACAAGCAGUUCAAGUACAUGAAGGUGACUGGGAAACUGGAGGCUCUAUCAAGAUCUGGAAUUACACUACUCCAGAUGGGAAAGCUGAGAUCUUCAAAGAGCAGGUGGAGUUGGAUGAAGUGAACAAGAAAAUAGUUCUUGUUGGCCUGGAAGGAGAUGUAAUGAAGUCUUACAAGGUGUUUAAGCCCAUUUAUUCUCUUGCACCAAAGGGCCAGGGUUGUUUGGCGACCUGUGUUAUUGAGUAUGAGAAAUUGAAUGAGAACGUCCCCACUCCACACAUCUACAUGGAUUUCAUGACUGGUUUUACUAAGGAAAUCGAUGCUGGCCUUGUGGGGGCAAAAUAGUCAGCCCAUCCAAAGCUUAUAUAUAUAUAUAUCCUUUGUGUUCAUAUAUAAAUCCUGGAACUUCUGUAACUACGAAAGCAAGUAUAGCUCUGUUGGUUUGCAUAGUGUGAAAUUGUGUGCGAGAUAUUGUGAUUUUAAUUAUGUAAGUGUGGUGUUCCAUAAUAUUAAAUAAAAAGGAAGCUCUAUCUAUUGAUGUUUCCUACCAAAUAUAAUAA